CAAAAACCGGAAGUGAUGGGACUGACGGGUAAUCAGGAGGAACCGGAAGUGAUGGGGCGUGGCCGGAAGUAGUCGAGGGGCGGACACGUUGCUAUGACAGCGGCGACCGGUCUGACAGCACAGAGAGAAAAUGAUGCUGUCACGGGCCAAACCGGCGGUGAGUGGGGAGACAGCGCAGCCGGACAGGAGGCGGAGGAGAGGCAGGAAAAUCCCCAAACUGGAGGAGUAUCUCACAGCCAGAGAUUACUGUGGGGCCCUGACCCUGCUCGAGUUCAAGCGCCAUGUGGGGGAGAAGGAGGAUGAUAUUGAUUUGUGGAUGGGAUACUGCGCUUUCCACCUUGGAGACUACAAGAGGGCAAUGGAGGAGUAUGAGUCUCUCACUAAGAAGGAUGACUGUCACCCUGAUGUCUGGGUUGACCUGGCCUGCACACACUUUUUCCUGGGGAUGUACAAGGAGGCUGAGGAGGCCGCAACAAAAGCUCCUAAAAGUCGGCUUCAGAAUCGGCUGUUAUUUCACCUGGCUCACAAGUUCAGUGAUGAGAAAAGGCUGAUGAAUUAUCACCAGAAUCUGCAGGACAUCACUGAGGACCAGCUCAGCCUGGCUUCCAUCCAUUACAUGCGCUCCCACUACCAGGAGGCCAUCGAUAUCUACAAGCGCAUUCUGCUCGAUAACAGGGAGUUCAUGGCUCUGAAUGUGUACGUGGCUCUGUGCUAUUACAAACUGGAUUAUUACGAUGUGUCCCAGGAGGUGCUGGCGGUUUAUCUCCAGCAUUUCCCCGACAGCACCAUCGCUCUCAACCUGAAAGCCUGCAACCACUUCCGUCUGUACAACGGCAAGGCAGCUGAGGCUGAGCUGAAGAACCUGAUGGACAUCGCAUCUCCGGUCUUUGAUUUUGCCAAAGAGCUGAUUAAACACAACCUGGUGGUUUUCCGAGGAGGGGCCGGGGCCCUACAGAUCCUCCCUCCCCUCAUCGACGUCAUUCCUGAAGCCAGGCUCAACCUGGUCAUCUAUUACCUGCGGCAGGAUGAUGUACAGGAAGCGUAUAACCUCAUUAAAGAUCUGGAGCCAACGACACCUCAGGAAUACAUCCUGAAGGGUGUGGUGAAUGCAGCUCUUGGACAGGAACAAGGUUCACGCGAACAUCUGAAGAUCGCACAGCAGUACUUCCAGCUGGUGGGGGGGUCAGCCAGCGAGUGUGACACCAUCCCCGGACGCCAGUGUAUGGCCUCCUGUUUUUUUCUGCUGAAGCAGUUUGAGGAUGUUCUGAUUUACCUGAACUCUGUCAAGAGCUACUUCUAUAACGAUGAUCUCUUCAACUUCAACUAUGCCCAAGCCAAAGCAGCCGUGGGGAACUUCAAGGAGGCUGAGGAGGUUUUCCAGCUGAUCCAGAGUGAGAAACUGAAGAAUGACUACACGUACCUCAGCUGGUUGGCUCGUUGCUACAUUAUGAACAAGAAGCCGAGGCUGGCCUGGGAGCUUUACCUGAAGAUGGAAACCUCUGGGGAGUCCUUCAGCCUCCUGCAGCUCAUAGCCAACGACUGCUACAAAAUGGGACAGUUCUAUUACUCAGCUAAAGCCUUUGAUGUGCUGGAGCGCUUGGACCCGAAUCCGGAAUACUGGGAAGGCAAGCGAGGAGCAUGUGUGGGCAUCUUCCAGAUGAUCGUCGCUGCACGGGAACCCAAGGAAACCAUGCGGGAAGUUAUCCAUCUCCUGCGGAAUACUGGCAAUCCCCAGGUGGAGUACAUUAUCCGGACCCUGAAGAAGUGGGCCAAAGAUAACAGAGUGGCCGUGUAGAGAACAGGCAGAGAGACCCCAGGUCCUGCUCGUUCCAGACGUGAUCCAGGCCAAACAGUCAUUGUUCCUUGUCUUUUAAUAAUUACUAUUGUUACGUGGUCCACAUCCUGUCCUACCUACAUUAUGGCUUCCCAUAUCGCUCUAUCGCUCUCAUUCUCUCUCUCUCUCUCAUUCUCUCUCUCUCUGCCACGCGCUCUCUGUCUCGCUCGUUCUGUCAUGCUUUUUCUCUCUCGCCUUCUUUCUCGUAUUGUUUCUAUUUUGUACACUUUCUCUCUUACCCUCUCUGUUUUACGUUCUUUCUGUGUCACAGUCUCUCUCUCUCUCUCUCUCUCUCUUUGUUGCUCUGAGAAAGCUCAGUUGUUGAAACUCUCUCCUCUUGAGUUUCCUCGCACUAAGCUCCGUGAGCUGAUCACCCGCAUCCUCCAGAGGAUCCCAUCCCCCAGAGGAUCUUUGUCCUCACCUGUCUCUCCCUCUCUCUCUCUGUCGCGCUCUCUCAGUCGCGCUCUCUCUUCCCAUCUCUAUCUUUCUGUCAGUCUAUCUCUCUCUGUCUAACGCUCUCCGAGUCUCUGGUGGAGCUCAGUAAGUUUCUGUCAAGUCUGUGUCAAGUCUCGUUCAGGUGCUGAUCAGCUGACAGUCAAUCCCAAGGUUUUACUUUCGCUUUAGAAGUUAAGACUUGUAAACUAUUUAUGUAAAUAAAGCAUUUAUUUUUAACACAUAAA